CUGCUCCCCUCUGGAAACGCCAGAACGCUCCUCCAUCUCCAUCCCAAGGCUUGAGCCCGAAGCCUCUGCCGCCGCUGCUGCUGCCUCCUGUAGACCCACCUCUCCGAGGUUUCGUGCCGCGCUGCGCCGUUCGUCCGCCUGCAAGCAAGCAAGCAAAGCAAUGGGGUGUAAGGCGUGCGACAAGCCCAGGCCGAGCUACCGGAAGGGGCUGUGGUCGCCGGAGGAGGAUCAGAAGCUGCGCGAUUACAUUCUCCGGCACGGCCACGGCUGCUGGAGCGCGCUUCCCGCCAAAGCCGGGCUCCAGCGGAACGGCAAGAGCUGCAGGCUGCGGUGGAUCAACUACCUGCGGCCGGGGCUGAAGCACGGCAUGUUCUCGCCGGAGGAGGAGGAGACGGUGAUGAGCCUCCACGCCGCCCUCGGCAACAAGUGGUCGAGGAUCGCACGGCAUUUACCGGGGAGGACCGACAACGAGGUGAAGAACUACUGGAACUCGUAUCUCAAGAAGAGGGUCGAGGGCGGCAAGGAGACGCCGCCGGCGGCGAGCUCCGCCGCGGACUCGGACGGGUCCCAGAGCCCGAGCCCAGGGGAGUUCAGUGCGGCGCAGGAACGGCCGUCGAACUCCGGCUCGUCGGAGCCGCCGCACGAGUCGUCGUCGGCCGACUCGAGCUGCCUGACCGUGACCGAGCCUACCGCCUGCAGGGCCCACGCGCCCGUGGCUCCCAAGGUGAUGUUCGCGGAUUGGCUCAACAUGGACUACAUCGGUGGCCAGGUGGCGGCGGCGGCACCUGGCCCGGAAGCCGCGGGGGUGGUUGGCGCAGGAGGCGGCGAUCAUCGUCAGAUCACGAGCCAGGGGUCCGCGCAGGUCGAUGGGCCACCCGGCGUGGAGGACCCCCUGCACGGCGGCUUCGGCGACAGCGGCACCUGCUGGGAGUUCCUGGAGCAGUUCGACAGCAUGGAUCAGAUGCAGGCCGGCGGCGGGUUCUGCGACCUGCUCUCCAUGACCGAGUUCUUCGGCCUCAACUAGAGCAUCGCCGCCAAGGGAGAAGAAGGACUAUAGAGUUUCUUGAAAUUUGUUAGACAUUUCGUCAGGUUUAAGGCGCGUUUGUAAUGCUGCAGUGUAAAUUAUGGCCGUAUAUGCAAUGUAUGUAUGUAUAGAGCAAUCGAUUUGACAGCAUGUAUACUGGUGCAUGUGCAAUGCUGUCCGCUUUGGUUUGGUUCGGAGAGCAGAGCAGAGCACCGACAGUAAGAUGGAAAGGGUUCAGGAAGAAUGCACAUGUUGUUGAUUUGAUA